AUGGCCAAGAAUAUGAACGUCUUCGGUACAAUUACAGACUCGGAUAAUCAUCCGCUCCAUGGGGGCGAAUGCGGGAAACGCUUAAUGCCCCAUGUCAUCGACGCAACGGCCAUCGCGACGCCAGACGUUGAAUGCUUGUCCGUUCCCCGGACUCAUGGCAACCCCCGCGACGGCUGGAAGCCUGUGAGCUGGGCGCAGGUCGCAAAUGCCGUCAACUACGUGGCUCACAUGCUGAUCAAGCAGGCUGGGACACCAACGCCUGGUUCUUUCCCCACGAUUGCAUACAUCGGGCUCGAAGACCCACGCUAUGUGCUCUUUAUCAUGGGCGCAAUUAAGGCAGGGUACCAGGCUCUGUUCAUUUCGCCGCGGAAUUCCGUCGAGGCGCAGGUUAACCUGUUUGACAAGACUGACUGCAAUCUCCUAUACCAUGACCAGAUGCUGGCAUCAAUGGUGAGGCCAUGGGUCGCUGGACGCUCGGGGAUGAAGAGCAUCGCAAUCCCUCCGUGGGAAGAGUGGGUGACCACGCCGGUCGCCCCAUUCCCGUAUACAAAGACCUUCGCCGAGGCCGAGUGGGACCCGUUUGUGGUUCUUCAUACGAGCGGUAGCACGGGUCUCCCCAAGCCAGUCAUUAUCCCCCAGGGCAAGCUGGCCCUGAACGACCUGCAUCGCUAUGUUCCCGAGUACGAGGGCAACCUGCCGUGGUUGCCGACAUGGGGGAAAUUCGAUAAUCCGCGGUACCUCUGCACCUGUCCUCUGUUCCAUACCGCAGGCAUUAUGCCUACGGUUUUGUCGGGCUUCUACUACAACACUCCGGUUUUAUUUCGCGAUCCGUCGGUUCCGCUCACGGGGGAUAACGUGGUUGAGUGGUUGCAGAACUCCGGCGCGACCUAUACUGUCCUGCCCCCGGCGAUCCUGGAGCAGAUGUCGCGGUCACAGGCCGCGCUCGAUGAGCUGAGGAGGUUGCAAGUUGUGGCCUUUGGAGGAGGCCCAAUCGCCCCCGCUGCAGCGGCUUCACUGCUCAGCAACGAGAUCAAGCUAGUCAAUGCCAUCGGGGCAACCGAGUACAUCUACAUGCCGUACUACACGCAACCAGACUCAUCCCUCUGGGAGUGGUUUAUCGUCCCGACAGAAUUGUUGGGUAUCGAGUGGCGGCCCUUUGGCGAGGACACAUACGAGCAAGUCUUCAUUCGGCAGAAUAAGAAGCAUCCGGGUCUGCAGGGGUGCUUUUACGUCUUUCCUGAGCUAGACGAGUACAGCACGAAGGACCUCUACCGGCCGCAUCCGAAUUUACCAAACCACUGGACCUACGUGGGUCGCGCUGACGACAUUAUAGUCUUCUCCACCGGCGAGAAACUCAACCCCACAACUAUCGAAGGAGCGGUAAUCGGACAUCCGGGGGUUCUAGGCGCGCAAGUAGUGGGUUCGAGACAGUUUCAUGCUGCGCUGCUGAUUGAGCCGGCGCAACAUCCGGCAAAUGAGCAGGAGAAGCAGCGGUUCCUCGACGAGGUUUGGCCGGUUAUCGAGAAGGUCAAUGAGGAGACUGUCGCGCAUGGUCGCAUCUUGCGUGACUAUGUCUUUGUAUCUGACCCAGCGCGACCGUUUCCGCGGGCCGGCAAGGGGACAAUCCAGCGCGCCAUGGCUGUAAAGCUCUACGCAGACGAUAUUCGCCGCAUCUUUGAAUCUAGCUCUGAAGCCAACGGUGUCCCAGCCGCAGGAGUGGAGCUCGAUUUUAGCUCAGAAACAUCCCUUGCGGAUGGAAUCCAGGAUUUGGUGCAACGGACGCUGAAGUUGCCUGCACUCGGCGUUGAUGAUGAUUUCUUUACUGUGGGCGUCGACUCGCUGCAGGUUCUCCAACUGGCACGGGUGUUGAGCGCUAGUGUCAAGGAAACUAUUGAGGCGAGGAGUAUCUAUAGGUACCCAACCAUCGCCAAGCUCAGUUCCUUCAUCAAUUCUCUAGCCGGAUCUAGUUCGAAUGGAACUACAGUCACCAGCACCGAGGCCAACACUCUGGCCCUAUGUUCGGCCCUUGUCGAAAAAUACACGCAGAACCUCCCUUCCCCAACACCCGACAAACCCCUUCCCGCCGCCACAAACCAAACCAUUAUUAUCACUGGUACAACUGGAGCUCUAGGCUGCUAUCUCCUUGACCUUGCCCUCGCAAACCAGGACAUCACAAAGAUCAUCUGCUUCAACCGGACGCCCGACGCACGCGAGCGCCAAAUCGCUGCAAGCAGCGCCCGCGGCCUCUCCACUGACUUCCCACCAUCCCGCAUCGAAUUCCUAACCGUCGACCUCUCCUCUUCAGCUACAUUCAACCUGCCCGAAGAGAUCACAGCUUGCCUCGCGAGCACAGUCGACCGCAUAAUCCACAACGCCUGGCCCGUUGACUUCAAUCAAUCCAUCGCGUCCUUCGAACCACACCUUCGUGGUGUCCGGCACCUCAUCGACUUCGCCGCUGCCGCUGCCAAACGUAUCCCUAUCACGUUUGUUUCGUCCGUAAGCACGGUCGAGCAAUGGACUGAGUCAGCCCUCAUUCCCGAACAACCCCUCUCAGACUUCACGCACGCCUCCCAGAUGGGCUACGGCCAGUCAAAGCUUGCCGCAAGCCUGAUACUCGAUGCGGCAGCAACAGUAUCGUCAGUGCCACGAAAUGUAGUUCGCGUAGGCCAGGUCGCCGGCCCCCGGGCGAAACAGGGCCAAUGGAACCCGCGCGAGUGGCUUCCGAGUCUUAUUCGGAGCUCACUAUUCCUGGGCCUGGUGCCCAGCGAGCUUGGGCUACUAGGUAAUAUGGGAUGGGCACCUGUGGAGGACAUUGCGGGUGUUGUUAUGGAGGUUACUGCUGACCAAGAUGGCAAUGGCGGGUACUUUCACGCGGUGAAUCCGAACCUUCCGGACUGGAAGGGGGUUAUUGUCCCUACAGUAACGGAUUUCUAUGGAAGCCGGAUUGAGCGUGUUGUGAGUUUGGAGGAGUGGGUGGAAGCGUUAGAGAAGAGCGCAGUUGGCGAGGUGGAUCUGGAACAGAAUCCGGGCCUGAAGCUUCUGGAUACGUAUCGUCUUGCGUCUACGAAGGCGACGUACGGUGAGGCAGGUAGUGCAGGCUUUGCGACGGAGCGGACGGAGCAGGCGAGCGAGACGAUGCGGCGGAUGGAGCCGGUGACGGCAGAGUUGAUGAAGCGGUGGUGUGAGCAGUGGCAGUUCUAG